AUGAAAGAAGGUAGCUCAAUGGCAUCAAGUGCCCUGGAGGAAGAAAAUAAAGCUCUCCGCACGAAGGUAUCCGUUCUGGAACGAGAAUUAAAGUUACGGAAUGCUGAAUGUGCCAAACUUCGUCAGGAUCUACAGGAACUUUCACAAGUGAAACAAACAAAUGAAUCUCAACGAGACGUUAUUACGGGACUUCGAAACCAACUCGAAUUAACGAGUGUAGCCCAUGCGUCCGCAAUGGAAAUGAUUGAAAAAAUGAAAAAAGAAAUACGUGAUAAAGAACAUCGUGAGCGUGUGGAAUCCUUGAAUGCACGUCUUAAUGAACACAAACCCUCUCCAUCAGGUACCUCAAAUGUCGCUUCUCUUAGUAAUGCUUCUGCUCCUACUAGAGGUACAUCAGGAGGUGUUGUCUUGACAAGUAGUGGACCACAGAUUAUAUGUAAUAGUUCUGGUAUUUCUUCACUUGGCUUUGCCCAAGUUCAACGACCAGUAGAUUUCCUUGGUGGUGUACAGAAAGGAACACAACAACAACAACAACAACCUGCUGUAGAUGGAGAAGAAGAUGAAGUGGCACGCAUUAUGGAAAUGGCAAAGGAAGAGGCUAUGAUGGAAAUUCAGUAUGCUGAAGUGGAGGAUCACGAAGAGAAAGAGUUGCGUGAGCGGUUUGAAGCACUACGAAAUCGAUGA